AAUGGUAGGCCGGUAAUGUUGGGACAAUCCUUUCCAUCAACACGGAUUUUCAUUUCAUGGUAAGUUAUUUUCCAUUGUAUGUCUAUCGUUACCACCUCUGGACUACAACGAGUGGGGUAAAACAAUAUAUAGUUGGAGGGUACGGGAGAUCUUUAUGGAGGGUACGGGAGAUCUUUAUGGAGGGUACGGGAGAACAAUUUUCAUCGAAAAGUCACAUUGUUAUAUCAAUUUUCAAUAGGUGCUUUUGCCGUGUAGGCAUAUAUGAUGAUUUUUUUCUUUAUAAUUUAAACCUAAAAUAUAUUAUUUGCUAUGCUAAAAGUUGACCAAAACAAUGUUCUCCCAUUUCAGCCCCGGUUUUGGCCUCUAGUCUUUCAGGGUACGUUUGUCCCUAAAUGAUUGACUCUAUAUUGUUUAACGCCCCUCUCAAGAAUAUUUCACUCGUAUAGAGACGUCACCAUUACCGGUGAAGGGCUGCAAAAUUCAGGCCUAUGCUCGGCGUUUACGGCCUUUGAGCAGGGAGAGCUAGUCUUUAUAGUGCCCACACCUGCUGUGACACAGGACCUCGGUUUUUGCAGUCUCAUUCGAAGGACCACCCCAUUUAAUCGCCUCUUGCAACAAGCAAGGGAUACAGAGGACCUAUUCUAACCCGGAUCCCCAAUUCACAAAACGCAGGUCUACCAAAAACUUGGAAAACCAUUUUUUUUUUACGGUAAAGUUUAAAAAUGCAACUCAGGCAACUCAAACCAUCAGUGUAGCUCAGAAAGCUAUACCACUGUCAUUGUAUGCAGGGGUUCCGGUUUUGUUACGGAUCGAAUCUAUCUCGCACCAAAUUUAUACAUUUUAUGCGUGUAUCUACUGUCCGGUCUGGCAUUUAAAGAUGCAGGUGAGCUUCUGUAAACCUACAGAAGUAGUUUAGAAUAUUUUUGAAUGAAUGUUAUGUUUCCUUGUGAACCAGAAUUCAUUGAAGAUUUCUAAAAUUAUUUAAAUUUAACACACACCCUUAGGUAGCAAUUCUUAGCGUGGCGUGCUUAUUUGUUUCUUAUCAACUCUACAUCAACGACAUGGUAUUCUAGACCUUUAAAUCGAUUUAAUGUGCUGCUCGGAAUUCACUCGGAAAUAAAAACACAGAAUCGGUAAGUAAAUAGUUUGGGGUGGAUAUCUUUCUUUUUUCCCCCUUCUUUAUUAUUUUUUUUAUAUUUUGGUUUUUGUUGUUGUUAUAUUGUUUGUUCAGUUUGGUACAAUUUCACAAUGAACAAAACGAUUCUAAAGAUGAUAAUAUGGCACAGAAAAGCUAACAAAAUGUGAAAUCAUACAAUUGUCCAAAGAUUGAGAGGAUUAAGAAUUGAUGAAAUAGGCUUUAUCAGUAGAUGAUUAUUUCAUAGUCAGGUGAACGAUUUAAUCCAUUAAAGGUCCUGUUUUUGUUGAAGAGACAUUGCUGCCCCACGACUAUAAUCAAUUUAAUGUGAUAAAAAAAAAAAUAGGACUCAAUGGUCAAGAAAUACCAUUAUAGCGUUGAAUAUUUAUUUUUUUAAAAAUUAUGUACAGUUUGACAAAGUAUACAGAAAAGACAAAUGUCAUAUGCAACGUCAAGUCAGUGUGGCUUGCCAUGUACAUAUGACCUAACACCCGGAAUUCAUUGAUUACACUGAUUCUUCGUCAUUAUGUGUGGCAUCUCUAAAUGUUAUAGUCAUCUACUCAAUAUUAGAACAUUUACAAUGAAUACAAGUUGACUGUCAAAUGAUCGAGCGUUUAAUUGAACAGAAACCCCCACCCUCCUUCUACAGACGGAUUCGGGAACGCCCACAGUCGCUAAACGUACGAAUACUGUCUUUUAAUGCAUAAAAAUUCAGAUCAAUAGCUACCACCCUCUAGUAAACAAUAUUAAACGGAAGAGUGAAUCCCUGCAAUCAAUGUGCGUCGUCCACAACCAACACAAGCCUGCAAAUUGACACUUUCAUCACGUGGUUUUCUUAGUUUGUCGUAUUAUUGUAAAGGGAAGGAGGUUGAUACAUUUCGAGAGCAGAGGGACAGCGUUUGGGGGAAUCUGGACUGAAAGAUUUCCUCCUGGUGACGGAACCCACGCCAGGAGGAGCUGUCUGCAUGGACCUCGGAGGAAGGAGCGAGAUAUGGAGCUGUACACGCCGACCCUGUGGCAGAAAAGGCAGUCUAAGGCAUCUGUGAUAAAGGGCGUGUUAUCUAUAUACUUCCGGAGUCCAAAACGAGCCUUGUUGUUGACUUUAGUCUUUUUGUCCGUCCUCUUACUGAUUAUACAACUAUUGAGAACUGUGUUUUGGCCAAAAGAGUUCAUCUACCAGUGUUAUGAGGAUUAUGGAUAUCCAUUGAAUAAAACAGUUGUAAACUCGCAUCCUUAUAGGUAUAUAACUAAUGCGUCAUCAACUUGCGCAGGUGUACCGGAAGUACUUGUCAUAACGCUCGUCAAGUCCGCAGCGGGAAACUUCAAACAGCGACAUUACAUAAGGAAAACAUGGGGCAAAGACGCCAAAAAGAAGAAUCUAAGAUUAGUUUUCCUUUUGGGACACAAUAAAGAGAACCAGUUUAUGGUAGAAUAUGAAAACAACAUGGAAGGCGACAUCGUACAGCAAGAUUUUCACGAUAACUAUUACAACAAUACAAUCAAAGUUACCAUGGCACUUAACUGGGUUUCUACCUUCUGCAAAAAUGCAAAAUAUAUUCAGAUUGUUGAUGAUGAUAUGUUCAUUAAUUUUCAAAAUGCUCUCGGUUUUCUUGAGGACAAGAGAGAGAGCGGUCGUUUCUAUCUCUACGCGGGAUAUCAUAUACGAGAACCAACCCCGGAGCGAAGCAUGGAAUCUAAGUGGUAUAUAUCUCCUACACUCUAUUCAUUUGACUGUUUUCCUCCAUAUAUAGCCGGGGGAUAUGUUCUAAUGAACUCUAGGACUGCCGCAGCGUUUCAGAAAAUUAUCCCAUACAUUCCCACUCUGCCGUUUGACGAUGUGUAUUUUGGCAUUGUCUCUCAGAAAUUAUCAAUCAUUCCGUCCCACAUAAACACUUUGGACGUUAGUCGACCCCUGACCUCGCGAGAGAAAGUUAAGUGCCUUAUAGCUCUACAUGAUUAUACAACUAUGGAAGACUUUUUGCAUGCAUAUAAUAUAACGCAUAAUAGAUUUCUAGAGGGAAGAUAACAUAAAAUGUCAGUAAGCAAAAUAUGAAAUGGAUAAUUUGAUGCUAGAUUAUAUGUACAUCAGGAAUUCAAAGAAAAUUGUGAUAUUUUUGAUAAAAAUCAAUUCCUCUCGUAACAAAGUUAAUUGGAUCUCACACUAGUACCAUUCUAAGUGGCGGAUCCAAAACUUUCAGAAGAGGGGUGGUAAAUGUCUGAGGGCUGUAGUAAGGCUCACGAUGGGUCCAAGGCGAAGUCAUUGUGGUGGCGAGGAGGAGAAGUCCCUUGAAACUAACGCGCUUUGACAGUAUAAGGCGUAUAUAGUUUGGUAUUUUUUAACAUUUUAUGAAAAAGAGAUCUGAGGCUGGAUCCGCCAGUGGUUCUGAAGUUGAGCAGCUUUUCAUUUAUUUAUUACAUAUGUAUUUCAUUUAGUUUUCAUGUUUUUGAAUGGCUGAAAUCCUACAUAGAUUGAUAGCUGCAUUGGUUUAAUGUCGCUAACAUAACUAAACAUCAAUUGUCAUUUAUUGAUAUGCAUGUGAUGAUGUAGAGGGUUUGUAUUGCUUUCUCGAACACAAAAUGACGGAAAGCUAUGUAAAUAUCAACAAUAUUUUUACCUUGGGUGUAAAUACCGCACCAAUUUAAUGGGAUGCAGUGUAUUUUUUCACAACCUUGACUUUUUAUUUGCAAUCUUGGUGUUUUGUAUGUUAAACGAAAUCCCUGUUCCUUGAUACAAUUUAUGGUUUUUCCAAACAAUCAAAAACAAAAUUGCCUCUGAGAAUGGGGGGGGGGGGUAACGACUUUUGAUAUAUUAGACUCAAACUUCAAAAGAAUAUUUGAUUAUUAAUUGAUAUAUUCAAUAAUUCAAGUUUUAAUUAUUUUGAUUCAACCCAAUACCUAUCUAUUUUUCAACAAGUACUUAAUAUAAAUGUGCGUGUGUCCUCUGAAAGCUAGCUGCGUUUUAAUUUAUAUGUCGUGUAUCGUUAGAAAUGAGUAGUUUAUAAGAUUAGUUUGGAAGUGAUCGUCUUCAGUUCCGUUUUCUCUGUUUCUGUAACCUUCUGUUCUGUGUUGCCGUGUGCUUUUGUUUCCUGUUUUCAAGCACCUCCUCCUUAACAUACAUGUACGUUAUAUAAAGGCUUCAGAAAUUCAUAAUUAUGUGGUUUGUGUAGUUCUGUGUUUCAUCCUUUUUUUUAUUCUCUUCUUACUUCCGUGUAGUAGUGAAAUUUAUAUUGUAUACAAUUGCUCUUUAUGAUUAUUGUGCAAUAAAUAUAUGUAUUUUUGUAAGAGAA